UCGUCUUUCCCCCCCUUCCCCUCCCCCCUCGGAGUUUCCCUCCCCGGGUCUGGCUGCGGCUGGGGAGUGGGGCCCGUGAGCGCCCCAGCCCCCACCGGGGGACUGCCAGUCCGCUCCGGCCCCGCGCCGAGAGCCCUGCUCCGGCCUCCCCUCCCCGCCCCCUCGCUACUGCCACCGCCGCGGUCGCCGCGCAGCCCGGAGCUCUCGCCGCCCAGGACGGGACAGACUUGUGAACGGCCGAGGCAGCUUUGAGGUUUUGUAGAGCAGCCCCGAGUAUGACUGCAGAAUGAAGCGGCGCUUAGAUGACCAGGAGUCACCUGUGUAUGCGUCCCAGCAGCGACGUAUCGCCAGCAGCACAGAGGCAUUUCCGCACCAGCACCGCGUGCUUGCCCCUGCACCUCCUGUGUAUGAGACGGUCUCUGAGACCAUGCAGUCAGCCACGGGGAUUCAGUACUCUGUUACUCCCAGCUAUCAGGUUUCAGCUGUGCCACAGAGCUCUGGCAGCCAUGGCCCCACACUAGCAACUGUUCACAGUGGCCACCACCACACAACAUCCGUUCAGCCUCAUGGAGGACAGGUGGUUCAGAGCCACGCUCAUCCAACCCCACCAGCCGCACCAGUGCAGGGACAACAGCAGUUUCAGAGGCUCAAGGUGGAAGAUGCUCUCUCCUAUCUUGAUCAAGUAAAGCUGCAGUUUGGUAGUCAGCCUCAGGUCUACAAUGACUUCCUGGACAUCAUGAAGGAAUUUAAAUCUCAAAGUAUUGAUACUCCAGGAGUGAUUAGUCGGGUGUCACAACUAUUCAAAGGCCACCCUGACUUGAUUAUGGGCUUUAACACCUUUUUACCUCCUGGCUAUAAAAUUGAAGUGCAGACCAACGACAUGGUGAAUGUGACAACUCCUGGCCAGGUUCACCAGAUUCCCACCCAUGGCAUCCAGCCUCAGCCUCAAGCCCAGCCCCAGCAUCCUUCCCAGCCGUCAGCUCAGUCCACCCCAACCCCUGCCCAGCCAGCCCCUCAGCCACCACCUGCCAAAAUCAGCAAGCCAUCCCAGCUCCAAGCACAUACUCCAGCCAGUCAGCAGACACCUCCCCUCCCACCAUAUGCUUCACCACGUUCUCCACCGGUGCAGCCUCACACACCUGUGACAAUCUCCCUGGGAACUGCCCCAUCCUUGCAGAACAAUCAGCCUGUGGAGUUUAAUCAUGCCAUCAACUAUGUUAACAAGAUCAAGAAUCGAUUCCAGGGUCAGCCGGAUAUCUAUAAAGCAUUUCUGGAGAUUCUGCACACAUAUCAGAAGGAACAGCGGAAUGCCAAGGAAGCUGGAGGGAAUUACACGCCAGCCCUGACAGAGCAGGAGGUGUAUGCACAGGUGGCCCGUCUGUUUAAGAAUCAGGAAGACCUCCUGUCAGAGUUUGGGCAGUUCCUCCCCGAUGCCAAUAGCUCCGUGCUGUUAAGUAAGACGACUGCAGAGAAGGUCGAGUCUGUGAGGAAUGACCAUGGAGGCACCGUGAAGAAACCUCAGCUGAACAACAAGCAGCAAAGACCUAGUCAGAAUGGCUGUCAGAUCCGUCGGCACUCUGGGACUGGGGCCACGCCCCCAGUGAAGAAGAAACCCAAACUGUUAAGCUUAAAGGACCAGCCUUUGGCAGAAGCCAGCAAGCAUGGUGUAGGAACUGAAUCCUUGUUCUUUGAGAAGGUCCGGAAAGCCCUGCGGAGCACAGAAGCUUAUGAGAAUUUCCUGCGCUGUCUGGUCAUCUUUAAUCAAGAGGUCAUCUCUAGGCCGGAGCUUGUGCAGCUUGUCUCUCCUUUCCUGGGGAAAUUCCCAGAAUUGUUCACAUGGUUUAAGAAUUUUCUGGGGUAUAAAGAAUCUGUUCACCUGGAGACCUUUCCAAAAGAGCGUGCCACAGAGGGUAUUGCCAUGGAGAUAGAUUAUGCUUCCUGUAAAAGGUUGGGGUCGAGCUACCGAGCCUUGCCCAAGAGCUACCAGCAGCCCAAAUGCACGGGACGGACCCCGCUGUGUAAGGAGGUUUUAAAUGAUACCUGGGUGUCCUUCCCAUCAUGGUCCGAGGACUCCACUUUUGUCAGCUCAAAGAAGACACAAUAUGAAGAACACAUCUAUAGAUGUGAGGAUGAACGCUUUGAGCUCGAUGUGGUCUUAGAAACCAACCUGGCAACCAUCCGGGUCCUAGAGACAAUUCAGAAGAAACUUUCACGUUUGUCUGCUGAGGAACAAGCCAAAUUCCGCUUAGACAACACCCUGGGUGGCUCCUCUGAGGUGAUUCACCGAAAAGCGUUACAGAGGAUCUAUGCCGAUAAAGCCGCUGACAUCAUCGAUGGCUUGAGGAAAAACCCGUCCAUUGCUGUCCCCAUAGUUCUCAAGAGGUUGAAGAUGAAAGAGGAGGAAUGGAGAGAAGCUCAGAGAGGGUUCAACAAGGUCUGGAGGGAGCAAAAUGAGAAGUAUUACCUGAAGUCCCUAGACCACCAGGGAAUUAACUUCAAACAAAAUGACACCAAGGUCCUGCGGUCAAAGAGCUUACUCAAUGAAAUAGAGAGCAUCUAUGAUGAAAGGCAAGAGCAGGCUACGGAAGAUAAUUCUGGAGUCCCUGUUGGUCCACACCUUUCUCUUGCCUAUGAAGACAAGCAGAUCUUGGAAGAUGCUGCUGCUUUGAUUAUCCACCAUGUGAAGAGGCAGACGGGAAUCCAGAAGGAAGACAAGUAUAAAAUCAAGCAGAUUAUGCAUCAUUUCAUUCCAGACCUGCUCUUUGCCCAGAGAGGUGACCUCUCAGAUGUGGAAGAAGAAGAGGAGGAAGAGAUGGAUGUGGAUGAAGCCACAGGGGCUGCCAAAAAGCACAACGGGGUGGGUGGCAGCCCCCCCAAAUCAAAGCUACUAUUCAGCAACACAGCAGCUCAGAAAUUUCGUGGGAUGGAUGAUGUCUACAAUCUCUUCUAUGUCAACAACAACUGGUAUAUCUUCCUGCGACUGCACCAGAUUCUGUGCUUAAGGCUGCUGAGAAUUUGUUCCCAAGCUGAGCGACAGAUUGAAGAAGAAAACCGGGAGAGGGAAUGGGAACGGGAAGUGCUGGGCAUAAAGCGGGAGAAGAGUGACAGCCCCGCCAUCCAGCUCAGACUCAAAGAACCUAUGGAUGUUGAUGUAGAAGACUAUUACCCGGCCUUCCUGGAUAUGGUACGGAGCCUGCUGGACGGCAACAUAGACUCCUCACAGUAUGAGGACUCCCUGAGAGAGAUGUUCACUAUCCAUGCCUAUAUUGCCUUUACCAUGGACAAAUUGAUCCAGAGCAUUGUCAGACAGCUCCAGCACAUUGUGAGUGAUGAGAUUUGUGUACAAGUGACUGACCUCUACUUAGCAGAAAACAGCAACAGUGCCACGGGUGGCACCCUAAAUACACAGACCUCCCGAACCCUAAUGGAGUCCACAUAUCAGCGUAAAGCAGAACAGCUCAUGUCUGAUGAGAACUGCUUUAAGCUCAUGUUUAUUCAGAGCCGAGGCCAAGUUCAGCUGACAAUCGAGCUGCUAGACACAGAGGAAGAGAACUCUGAUGACCCUGUGGAAGCAGAGCGAUGGUCAGACUAUGUCGAGCGCUAUGUAAACUCUGAUACUACCUCCCCAGAACUCAGAGAGCAUCUGGCCCAGAAGCCAGUGUUUCUGCCAAGGAAUCUAAGGCGGAUCCGCAAAUGUCAGCGUGGGCGGGAACAGCAAGAGAAGGAAGGCAAAGAUGGAAACGGCAAGAAGAGCAUGGAAAAUGUGGAGAGUUUGGAUAAGUUGGAGUGUCGAUUCAAACUGAAUUCUUACAAGAUGGUGUAUGUGAUCAAAUCGGAAGACUAUAUGUACCGGAGGACAGCUCUGCUGCGUGCUCAGCAGUCCCAUGAACGAGUAAGCAAGCGGCUGCACCAGCGGUUCCAGGCCUGGGUGGACAAAUGGACCAAGGAACAUGUCACCCGUGAAAUGGCAGCGGAGACCAACAAAUGGCUGAUGGGUGAGGGGCUGGAAGGCUUGGUGCCCUGCACUACCACCUGUGACACGGAGACCCUGCACUUUGUGAGCAUUAACAAGUACCGCGUCAAAUAUGGCACAACUUUUAAGACGCCGUAACUCCCCAGGACGGAUGUGUGGCGUGUGUGUCCCUGUGCAUCGAGAAUUGAAGUGCGAUGCCUUUCAGACCUCACUGUGUCUCUGUCAGAUGCCACCUGACUAGUGUGGGGCCGGUACAGCCUCUCCCCAGCAGGCUCAAGGUUGGGAACGUGGAUCCUUUUUAAACCUAAGCUGGGACUCCUAUUUCCCAGGGGUCUGGGACUCCAGGGCAUGCCCUAGAAAGGGAAGGAAGGGAGGCAUGGACAAAUGGUGGUUUUGCUCACCCAGCCCAGCGGUGCUGAGCCCUCAUUCCCCAUGGCCCGGGCAUCGAAUGAGCAAACCGAACACUGUACAAGCUCGACUGGAUGGUGUGCAUUGGGAAAGACCAAUAGCAAAGGACGUUUAAAUUCAGAGACGUUCUAAACCAUGAAGCCCCCCCAAACAACCAGGUGUCAUUUUCUUUGGCUCAUUCACAUCCAUCUGGAUCACCCGCAGGGUAACUGGGCCUGUGGUUUGGCUUUGGGAGCAUCUGUGAAUUUGUUUCUCAAUGAUUGCUCCACUCCUCACGCCUUCCUCUCUUGUCUUCUGGUCCCCGAGCUCCCGACUCACCAGGUCAGAUCAGUUGGGCCUUUUUAGCUCCAGUGGAACUGUUUUGUACCUGCUUGUUUACUAGUCUAGCCUAGUGCCAUCCACCAACUUUUCUCACACACACUCUUGCACAGAGAAAGUUUUCACGUGAUCCCCCCUUGUGUUUUGUAAAUAAUGUACAUACUGUCAAUUUUUUUUUUAUUAAAGGAAAUAUGCUUUGAUGUGCUAGCAGAACUGCUCUAGCUUCUUGUGUACCACAGCACCGGGUGGCUUCAGAUUUAGUCUUUACAACAGAUGGACAAGACAUUUAUUCCACUUUUUACCAAAGGGAGUUACCAUUGUAGUGCUUUUGUGUGAACUUUUUCUCCCCUUUCCCUUCCCCUCCCCUUUUUUGGUAAUAAAUAAAGCUUGCUUCUUACUUGAGGAAAACAUUCUCAACCCCCUGGUCCUGCUAGAAAGAUACUGUUUAAAACACUGGUCAAAUGCUUCAAAUCCCAAAGAGGGAAAAGGAAUUUUUUUGCUCUAAGUGGUCAAAACUGGGAUGUUCAGCAAAGCCACUCAAGCAGCCUGUUUCCAAUGUAAAGUCUCCAUCUUAACUUUUUAAAAGAAAGAAACUUUGUUCUUUUGGUUAACUGUUGCAUCUCCUAUCUCCCAGUUCAAAAAAACGGUCACUUGGGGGAAGUUGGCAAGCUAUGCCAUUUGAUUGUGUUCAUUUUUUUUUUUCCUUCUCAGUAUUGGGGAGUGGGGAGAGAGGGUGAACAUCUUAAGUACCAAACCAGUAUUCAAAAGAACUUUCCUGAAUAUGCGUAUUUGUGCCCACAAGUAUAUUGCUCUGUGUGUGUGUGUGUGUGUGUGUGUGUGUGUGUGUGUGUGUGUAUGGGGCUGGGGAGUGCUUAUAUAUAAAGGGUGCUAGGGAGUCAGAAAUUUUGUGAUACAAUUCACUAGCAAAAAUCACAAAUGGGAUAUAUAUUUUUUUAAUUAUAGAACUUUAAUCCUGUAAUACUGGCAGGUGUUUAAAUGUGAGUUACUGGGAUUUUUGAAGUGGUUAGCCUGGACUCGUGAGCCAAGACCCACACAAACUCCAUAGUACCUGGCUAGGGUGCUUUAGGAUUGGCACGACUCUCAGCAUCCUGGCUCUGGAGCUUAACAAUCGUGGUGGAGGUAGGGGGGGUUCACAGUAGGAGACAGGCCUCUCUGUGUAUAUGAGACUUUUCUGAUUUGAUUUUAUUUAAAAUAUCUUUUGUCUCAAAAACGUGGGCAAGGGGUGCAGGUGGAAAGAAGAUGAAAUGGAUCCACGGCGUAGAAGAAACAGCCCUUCACUAAAAGCCUCGUCCGGUGGAAAGGUUUGAGAAGGAGCUGGGUUGGGGGUGGGGGGGCGUGUUGGAGAGUCUCCAGUCAAGAGAAGAGAAGGGUGGUCCAGGGAGUGGGAGGGUGGUGGUGCAGAAGAUCAUCAGGAGUGGCUUGGAAUAAGGCCCUACAUCUACUCAGGAAGGGGCUCUGGGGAUAUGGCAUCCCCCACACCUCUGAUUUUUUUUUUAAUAAGAACAUUUUAUUUUUAAAGAUGUAUAUAAACAUAAGGAGGCCUUGUGCAAGGAGGGGUGGAUAAUACACUUGACUUUUUCAUUCCUCCUGAUGUAUGACAUUGGAGCUCCAAGCUCUGUUCCCAGCCUGUAAGAUAGCAAAAUUUUCCUUUUAUUUUAAAUCGCUUUUUGUAUUCUGUAUUGUGACUUUGGCCACCUUUCCAUGUGAUUUCUAUAAAAAAUGUUGUAAACUUGACUGUAGUGCAGUAUUUCCAUUAAAAUA